GCCGAGUGCGCGCAUCGGACCCAAAAAAAAUCAGAGAUAUGAACAAGGCUCCAUCACGCCUUGCUGUGCAAUGUCCUCGUUCUCUCUCUGGGAGAUAAAAAGGCUCGACUCUGAAUUUGUUGGGGUUAAUAAACUAGUAACCAGUCCCGGAUAAAGUUAAGCACUUUAAAAUUUGUUUAGAUUAUGGUAGUAGCUACUACUAAAACUAAUCACUUCAAACUUAUUCCCACUAUCGCAUUAAAAUGCCCAGCUUUCUUUCUCAGAUUCUCUCUCUCGCUUUUUAACUGCCCGGUUUCCGAAGCCUCCUCUUAUCUCACUGAUUCACGAGAAAGAAGAGUAGCCAUAAUUCAGAGGCCCCUACUUCCCUUACUCUAGCCCCAUCCAGCAUGGCGGAAGCUCUCUCCAUUCCUUACCUCCUCGUUCUGUUGCUCCUCUUCCUCGUCCAGCCCUCUCAACCUAUGAAUAACAUUGUCGUGGACGGCCUCGCCGAGUGGAAAGGCCCCACCAUUCAUGUUGGAGACUCUCUCGUGUUCAAGCACAAACACCACCUCCAGAAUUUAUACCUCUUCGACAACAAAAGGGCGUUCGACCUCUGCAGCUUCUCCCUAGCUACACUCAUCUACGACGGCAGCAGGUCCACCCAUUACACGUGGCAUCCUGCUCGCCCCGGUUAUUACUACUUCUCCACACGGGACAGCUCUAGGAGCUGCGAGGAGGGCGAGAAGCUACCCGUGAGGGUCAUAACCGCCGACCCCUCCCCCGGCUUCGCUCCAACACUCGCCGCCCCGCCGCCCACCGCCGGCGGGGAUUUUCCCUCCCACGGCUGGGCCAUCAGCUCCCCGAGUUCUACCCCCACCCCCGCGCCGGAGGCUGCUUCCUCUUCUUCUGGCCCAUGGGAGCCGAGAAAAGGGCACGCUCCAUCGCCGGUCUCCAGCGACGGGGGCAUUCCGUUCAUCAGUAGCAAUCCGGCGGUUCCUCUUCCCAACGGAGAGACGGAUUCGGCUAGCAUUCUUCCACUGCCCUCCCCAGGAGAUGGCAACCAGGGGGUGGGGCAAGCGUCUAUGCUACGAGUUGGAACGUCCUUGCUAGUGUUUAUGACGAUGCCGUCCUUUGGGCUGCUGGUGGAGACCUAUUUCCUUUUCGGGGCUUUCCUGUAAUCUACAAGCGGGCUUACUACUUUGUACAAUGCUAAAACGUUGGCUUUCGCGUAUAUGUUUUCAGCUAUUGCUCUGUUUUGUUCUAAUUUUGCAGUUCAGUUUCUCCUCCUGAAGGAAUAUUACUUUUGAUCA